AUGAACAAUUACUAUCCAUACGGGUACUCGCCGUACCCGGGGCAGCCUCCUCCCCAGCCCUACGCGUAUCCGACGGCACCUCCCUUUCCCGCGCAACCCUAUCCCCCGCCCGCCCCGAACAACGCGUUCGAUGCUCAACCCCAUUUUCGCGAUACCUACGACCAGUCGCAGCAUAUGAUACCCGGACUGGGCUACGGUCAACCAACGCAGACAUUCGGCUGGCAGCAACCGAUACAACCACCUCCAGCACCCGAGGCAGCAUUGUUAGCGCAAGCGCCGCCUCAGUACCAGCACCAGCAGCACCAGCAGCAGCAGUGGCCUUCGCGCGACGAACCCAAGCUCAUUCCCGCUGCGCAGUACUACCGACCGAAAAGUGUGACCAUGGAGGCAUCCAAGGCUCGAGCUCUGGCAUCCACUCGAGGGGCCCCGCAGCCUGCCCCCAAGCAAUCGCAUAACAGCACUAACAGCACUGAAGAGGGGGAGCUUAGCGAGGGCGAAUUCGACGAUUUGUACGAGCCCGCAAACACCAUCAUGGACACCAGCCCCCGUCGGCCGGCCGUUGCCUCUUCAUCAGCGACGACCGCCAAGAGCCGUACCGGUAACGGAAAUGCUGCCCCUACGUGGGCCCAAGGUCCAGAGCACAAGCGGGCGCAAAGCCCUGCUGCUUUCGAUGCAGCUGCUCGGGAUCGAUCAGGUUCCUACUCCCCCUAUCUAUCUCCCCGCGAAAUGAAUCCUCCCCUCAACGUCAACAACGGACACCGCCAAAUAUCCCAACAAGCGCAGCUGUCAAACGGCCAAGCAGUUCAGUCGAGCUCAUCUGCGACUACUCCAUUAGGUCUCGAGGAUGCCCGGAAGCAGGCUCGAGCAGCCAUCCUCAAUCUUUGGCCCAUGAACGUUCGCUACCAACAGUAUGUCGACGAAGGCAUCGAUGCAACAGUCGUCAGGAACUUGUUUUCUGAGCUUGGCCUAGAUGCCAGCACCCCCAACCAAGCUAGCGGUCCAGGGGUCUCUGCUGCUUCAGCAACGACCACUUCUCAUUCGCCUUCCCAAGCAAGCUUCAAGGCUCCUGGAGGACAGGCAUCUGUAGCAACUGUGAAGCCUGGUGUACAGGAACAAGCACCAGCUUCAACAGCCAAGUCAGCUGGGGAGGAGAGAAAGGACCGGAUUGCUCGUCUCUUGGCCGCAAAGAACGCAAAGGCCGCCCCUUCAUCGUCCACCGCAGCCAGUGCUGAAGCAAAGGCUGCACAAGCUUCUGGAAUGACCGAUAAGGAAACCGUUCAGCAGCAAAAGAUGGACGCCCUCCAAAAGUCCCGCGAGGCACGCGCUCAGAAAGAUGCUGUGCGCAAGAACAGCCUACAAACUGUGCAGUCUGCAAAUACGUCACCGGCUGCCACUAGACCUUCCUCAGCAACAAAUGGCACUUCGACUGUCCCUGCAGCAGCCCAGUCUCCUCAGUCUAGCUUGCCCCAAGGACAGUACCCUUUGCCCACAGCCGCGCCUGCAUCCACGAUUCCCGGCCUAUUUAUGUCGACGCCUCAAGCCGCAGCAAGCAACCAGCGGAAACGACCAGUUGCUGCUGACUUCGUCGCAAGCUCACAGGCAAACAAGCGCCCCUUUGGUCAUCAGCGCCAAGACAAGCCUUUUGUAAUCGACGUUAGCGACGCCUCGGACGAUGAAGAUAUUGAGAUGGAGAUUACUUCUCCAACAGAGGAGUCUUCUAGCUUCCAACAGGCGAACACUCCACUGCAAAAGACAGCAUCGUUCCGCAACUUUCCGCCACUGACAGACGGGCGACCCCAAGUCAGCCCUGUGCCCAGCAACGUUACGACACCUCAGUCGGGAAUCAUCGCAGCCCAGCCGAAAGCAGGUCAUCUUGAAAAUAUGGAUAAAAAGAUAGAAGCUAUGAAGCGCAAGAUCGCAUUGGCCGAGGCUAAGGCCAAGCUGAAGGCUGCUAUGAGUGGCCAAGCAUCUGGCCUCAAGUCUAACGGACAGACGCCAGACGCCACUGCGGACUCGGAUGGAAGCAAACCUGCCAUCAGACGAGUGCAAUCCAUGGGUGCGUCCAGUGCACCUGAUCAGCCUAACCCCAACGCCCCGUCUUCGCCGGUGGUUGCCGAAGCGGGCAGCUCGAUGCGUCUGCCAAAGCCAUCCGAGAGGAGGGCCGAGGCUGCUUCCGUUCGCGCCCAGAAGUUCAGAGAAGUCAGCACCAGUCUCCCACUCGUUGAGGGCAGAUUAAAGGCAAAGAAGAGCAAAUUGCGUCUUCUGCAGUCUCAAAUCGCUCGGUUACAGAAGGAGAUUGAAGAAGAGGGCGCUGAGAAGGAGAAGUUGACCCAGGAGAUGGAACAGCUCAACCAAGACUCCGACGAGUCCAGCGAUCCUCAAAGCCUGCCCAAGAGCAACUCUGUGGAUCCUGUUGCUACACAGACCCUUGUCGGGCCUCAGUCCGAUGUGCAGGCUGAUGUCCCUGCCGCUGACACCGCAGUAUUGGCUUCGAGCGCGGUCAAUUCGGCCCUUUCCAGCAUAGAAGCCCCCAAGCCCCAGCCCCCUAUUGCGCAAAGCAUUGAAGAUUCUUCCAUCGCGGCACAAGCCGAUGUUGCUGCUACUGGUAAAGCUGCGACGAACCCCCCUGAUGUCCCUGAUGCCACAGUCCAGGCAGUGCCCGCGCCCAUUGAGGCACCCGUCAAUCCGGUGACAAGCACCAAUGCAGUUCAGGAGUCGCGGCCGGUCUCAAGUUCAAGUGAUGGUCCUUCUGAUGUCGUCAUGGGCGAAUCGUCAGAUUCGAGUUCCCAACAUGAAGAGCAUAUCCAAGAUGGAGACCAAGAGUGCUCGUCGGACGCCUAUGAGCCAUCUGAGGCAGUUGCCCCUCCAAAUGACGCCAGAUCUCCAUCAACCAGCCCAGUGCCAGCAGGCAGCACCGUCUCGCUGGCUAAUAGUGAUGCUGACCUACAGGAGCCAAGUUCACGAGCCUCACAAAUCCCUGAACAGAUCUCGUUAGGUGUCAACGAAUCAACUCCGGAGCAGGGAGUUGAAGCUACGAGAGAAGCCCCUCAACCAACACAGAGCGCUGAUGAGAUGCCCUCCGGAGAUGUCUUCACCCCUUACGAGAGCCCACUACAAUACUUCCGUGCUUAUCGAUACCACCCCAAGUUUGCUGAGACAGUCGCUGGUGGACUUCGGUCUCUCACGUAUAGCAACAGGAUCGAUCCGGAACAACCCGUCUGCCCAGACCAACUGGCCAGCCGGGAAUGCCCACGAGGUGCUGACUGCAUUUACCAGCACUUCGAGACAAUGAAGUUGCCGGACGACCAGAUUCUCCUCCAGCUUGGCGGCACCAAACUUGACGGAGACGAAAGGAACCAGUUCAACGACGGAUUGCGCAAGGUCCUGCAAGACAUGAGAGCCAAGAACAUCAGAGACUUCCCCAGCAUCGCUCGGGGCAUCGUCGAGUACCACAAGAGCUUCAACGGCGAUCCAUCCAAGAUCUUGCCAUUGGGCAAUGUGUCACUUUAG